GGAAGCAGUAUGGUGUCGGUGAAAUAUUUUUACAAAUUUAAGUUUGACUUUUAUCAGCGACACCUAUGUGUUAAAUUUGUGUAAACUAUUAGUCGAUAUUUAAACGCCAUGAAAACCGCACUCGUUGUUUUGGUCUGUUUUCGCUUGUCUUGUCUGUUUGUGUGUUCGCUGAAUUUCAAAAACAACGCUUUUUUGACAAAAUGGUACGACAACCCUGACGUUUUGUCCGACGUUCCCACAAUGGUAAAAAGAAACGGGUAUAACAUAGAAACGUACCAGGUGACAACCCAAGAUGGUUAUAUUUUGACUUUGUUUUACGUUUUUGGAAAAAAUAAACCCUCUAAACCAAACCCGGUUUAUCUGCAACAUGGUUUGACUGUGACUAGUGGACACUACGUGGAUCUGGGGAACCGCUCUUGUGCAUUUUAUUUCGUCGACAAGGGUUACCAAGUGUGGCUAGGAAACAUCCGCGGGUCAGUUUAUUCCCGAAAACAUAGAAAUUUGACCACCCGUGAUCCACAAUUCUGGACUUACAAUUUGGACAACAUAGUCGAAAAUGAUCUACCCGCUCUGAUCUCGUUCGUUUACACUAAGAGUGGCCACAAAGUACACUACGUCGGAGAUUCCUUUGGAACUACCAUCGGAAUCAUGUUUGCUUCGUCACAUCCCAAAGCUAGUUCAAUGCUUCAGUCGGUCUUUCUUUUAGGUCCCACUGUAUACGUCCACAACCUCGUCCCACUCAAAUAUUUUUAUAAACCAGCCCUUGCAGUGACCGACAUGUUAAUUCAAUUCGGAGUGCGAGGACUUUUCUACCAAAAUUUCUUACCAGCGCUUGGAGUCUACACUUGUGGAGUGUUACCGCAGCUAUGUCUCAACUUUAUAACAGUCGCUUCAGGCUCGAACAAGUUGUUUCCGCCAGAAGAUUUGCCCCUGUUUUUCAGCUAUUGGCCCGACGGGGUGUCCAUCCUCGAGUUUAAACAUUAUUUGCAACUGGGUUUAAGUAACAAGUUGCAGAAGUUUGACCACGGGCGUCGCACUAAUUUAAAGAAAUAUGGAGCACGCGAUCCUCCGUUAUAUAAUUUGAGUGCGGUUAGUGUGCCGGUGUGCAUAUUUUAUGGAGAAAGUGACGUGUACUACGACAAAGAGGACCUUGAGAGGACAUACGACGAAAUCGGGACUAGGCAAAAGUGCAAAUAUUCCGUGUCGAAUGGCGAGAAUAUUCCUUACGCGCACGUAGAUUUUGCCUAUAGUAAGACAGUUAUAGAAGAUCUGUUCGACGUAAUGUUGGAAGUUUUUAAGAAAUUUGAGGAUUGAAGUUAAAAUUAAAAGUGUUAUUGUUUUUGUUCAUAAUUUUGCAGAAAAUGUAGGCACACCAAAAUCGCACACACUUGGAGUAUUUUCCACCUAAGAUUCGCUAGCACAGUUUUUGAGAUGACG